AUGGUCGUAUCAGUUGCUGGUAGCGACAGAGACUCAUCACUUGCUCAAUCGUACACGAAUACCAAUGUCGUUGAUUGGGAUAGCCCCGAAGAUUCCGAAAAUCCCCUUCACUGGUCGUCCUCCAAAAAGAACCUACACAUAGUCAUCGUGAGCCUGUUUUCACUCACUGCAAACCUGGCCGCAACCAUGUUCGCGCCCGGAGCACCACAGCUCGCUGAAGAAUUUCACAUCAAAAGUCCCACUGUCGAGGCCAUGACAGUCAGUCUCUACGUGCUUGGCUUCGCCCUCGGUCCUCUCGUUCUUGCGCCACUCUCCGAGUUGUAUGGUCGCCUUAUCAUCUACUACUUCUGCAACUUUGUCUACUUGGCGUUCACUGUGGGAUGUACCUUCAGUACCAAUGUUGCUAUGUUCCUUGUUUUCCGAUUCCUUUGUGGUUGCGCUGCCUCGGGACCCAUGAGUAUCGGUGGCGGUUCAGUUGCAGACAUGACGCCUCAGGAGCAGCGAGGACGGGCCAUGGCAUUGUUUACUAUGGGGCCAAUCUUGGGACCUGUUCUUGGUCCUAUCGUUGGAGGCUUUGUUUCUCAAUAUGCCAAUUGGCGCUGGACGUUUCGGAUCAUUCUGAUAUUGUCUGGGCUCAUCUGCGCAGCCACGGUCAUCUUCAUGAAAGAGACUAACGCUGCCGUUUUACUACGGCGAAAGACCAAUCGAAUGCGCAGAGAAACUGGGAACCUCAAACUCGUACCCAAAGGUGCAAGGAGGGAGACACCCCGCCAAGCGCUCUUUCGUGCCUUUACUCGCCCACUCAAGAUGCUCGUCUUCUCGCCCAUUGUUCUGCUUGUGUCGCUGUACACUGGUGUGAUGUUCGGGCUCAUAUUUUUGCUUUUCACCACCUUCCCGUCUGUCUUCCAGGAAGUCUACGACUUUGACGCAGGAACCGCUGGUCUAGCCUACCUCGGCCUCGGUAUUGGCAUGAUGCUCGGAUUGGUACUAUUUUCCAUCCUCAGUGACAAGCUCCUCGGACAGAAGCAGGGCGCCUCCGUUGUGAAGCCGGAACAGCGGCUCAUCUUGAUGAAGUGGAUGGGCCCCAUCACUCCUCUCGGCUGUUUCCUAUACGGCUGGAGUGCUCAAUACCAUACCCACUGGAUCGUGCCGAUUUCGGGGACCUUCAUCGUCGGUCUUGGAUCUCUAUUUGUCGUCAUACCAGGACAGAUCUAUCUGGUAGACGCCUUUGGGGCGGAAGCUGCGGCUUCUGCCCUCGCGGCCAACCUGCUUGUCCGCUCUCCUUUCGGUGCUUUCCUGGUCCUGGCUGCGGCACCGUUGUAUGACACACUGGGGCUAGGAUGGGGGAAUAGCGUGCUAGGUUUCAUCACCCUUGCCUUCACGCCAGUACCGUGGCUAUUUUAUCGUUACGGUGAAGCCUUGAGGAUUCGUUUCCCCGUCGAUUUGUGA